AUGACAAUUAUAGAUCAGAUAAAGGAGGCUAAAGAAGAGCCUAUUAGUGUCUUAAUUGUAGCUGAUACCUUUAAUAGUCGUUUAGUGCCUUUAGUACAUGAAAAACCCUUGGUAAGUUUUUUUAUUUGGCGACAAUUUUCUGUUUUUAGGCUUUGCUUGACGUCGGUGGGCAACGAUUGAUUGAUUUGGUCUUGGAAUGGGUAUCAAGACUCUAUGCCAAUGUUUUUGUGGCUUCAUCAACUUUGGACGAGAAGACGGCUGAUUUGAUUAAGAAGUAUGUUGUUAUACGUUUAAUUUAACGAAAAUUUCACUUGAAAAUCGUGGAUUAAUAACUAGAAAAGACAAGAGUUUUCUUAUAAUUUACUUUUAAUAGUUAUUUUUAAGUUUUAAAAGCUAUUUUUAAACAUUUAAUGAUAUUGGACUAGUUUACUUUAUGUUUAAUUAAAAAAACAUAAUUUAGAAAAUGGGAAACGCGAGUGUCAUUGGAGAUGGUACUUUGUGAACGAUGCAACAGUGUUGGUGAUAUUAUGAGAGAAAUUGACAAACGUCAUUUGAUAACGAAAGAGUUCAUUUUGAUCGACCAGAUCCCGACCUUCUGUUCGUCCACUUUGGUUAGCAAUGUAGUUAAGUUUAGGUAAUUCUACAAAAUUUUAAGACAAUUAUUAUUUGAAAAAUACAGAUAUAUCUUAUAUCUGUGUAAUUUUAUUAUCAAUUAAAAUUUAUCGUUUACUUUUAGACAACUUCGAAAGAAGAACCGCAACAAUGUGAUGCAGAUAUUGGUCAAAGAAUCCAAGAAGACCCAGUAUCCAUACUUGAUUGACAAGGAGACUCAACAAUUGUUGAUUUAUAACUCAGCUGAAGAAGCGACUGAAUUAAGGCUGACGAAACGCAACUUCUCUGCUGAACAUCAAGUGAGAUGUGAUCUCAGACCAUGUGGAAUAUAUCUUUGUGGUCCGGAGAUCAUCGCUUCGUUCUCUGACAACUUUGACUUUAGCAGUUUGGAUACUUUGAUUAGAGGGAUUCUGAUUCAUGAGGAAAUUUUGUGUCAAAACAUCUUCUUGGACAUUUUGGAGAAAGAUGUGUUGGCACAAUUUGGAAGGUAAGGCUUAUAUGAUGUAUAUUGUGUUUUCUUUACAAUGCUUUAACCUCGAGGUGCUAUAUCUACCUAUUCAUUUACUUAACGUUAUCUGUUAUUUGUUUAUUAAUUUUUCAGUGAUUACGACUCAAUAUUGGAAUGCUUAUGGGCUUUCCAACACGGCAAGUUUCAUCCAACCUCGUUGCUGAAUCUUCAUCCGGCUUCUUGUGACUCGCUAAAAGUUUUAACUCUCCAAGCUCGCGAAAACAAUGUUUUUGUGUCUGCUAAAGCCAGAAGUCCAGUUAAUUCAACGAAUUGUGUUUUUGGAGGAAAGUUUGAAGUUCAUCCAGAAGCUAGAGUCAAUGGAUGUUUUUUCGGGGAUAAUGUUGUUAUUGGUAAGGUUUAGCAUUUUGUUAUUGAAAGUUUAGAGUUAGGAUUUUACAUAUGCACAUAAAUUCUCGUAUUUUACCUUUAGCUUAUAUUUUGAAUUUAAUUUUAUGUAAAAAUGAACUUUUAGGCAACAAAAGUCGCAUAUCUGAAGUUGUAGUAGGCAACAACUUAAAAAUUGGCGACAAUUCAGUAGUCAGAAAAGCCAUAAUUGGGGACAACGUUAAAAUUGGAGACAAUGUCACUAUCAAAGAGAAUGUUGUUAUUGGAAAUGAUGUAAGGUUUAUAUAUAAAAAUUGUCUUACUACAGGGUGCGUGAAAAGUGGUGUUACCAGGUUUUUUAAUCAAAUAUUUACUUUAACAAAAAAUAUAACUAAAACAACAACUAACAAUAGUAACAUGUAGUACUAGUUAUAACAUAGUCAAUCGGUUUCAAAGUUUCCCCCCUUAUUUUAAUUUUUUGUUUUUUUUUGAAAAUAUUGUUUUUGUGAAGUAAAUUACGAAUUUAGGUUACCAUUCCGGCUAAAGUUGUAAUCAAUAAACACUCUGUGAUUCUAAAAUGUGAUGCACCAGCUCAUCCUGAUUAUAAAACAACCAAAAAGCAAAGUAUGUAUCUAUAUUAAUAUUGAAGAAGUGUUAUCUAUGUUAACUUUUGUUUUUAAGUACAGAUUAAGUAAGCAAAAUCGAAAUUUGAAUUUUUGUAACAUAAUUUUAAUUUUACAAAAAAUUUUUUAGACUUGUACUUCUGGAACUACGAAGACGACGGUGACAACUACUUCUGGGAGUUGAAGUCAGAACAAAAGCCAAAGAAGCUUUCUAGUAUUUGGGCGAACCAUCGCCGUAGCAGGUCGUCAGAAUCGCUAAGGCAACGGAGGAUAUCCUAUCACGAUGCCAACGACUCAUCUCCAGAGAAUUAUACGGUUUGGCCGCACACUGAUCCAUCACAAUCACAAACUUCAAUUCAUGGCACUAAGUCACCAUUGGUGAAGAGGAAGAAGCAUAAUUCAGGAUCGACGGCUACUGGCGCUACUUCGAAGUCUGCGGUAGGUUUAAUUGGAUUGAUUGUAUAUUUGGUAUGAGGACAUUAACAUUGGGAUGUUUUAGAGAUUAUUAUCGUUUUGUCAGUGAAGGUUUAUACAAGCCUUGUAAUACGAAUGAGUCUGAACUUUGUGUACAUAUUACGUUGUUCAAGUAAUUGUGGGCCUUCUAACUUCUAAAAUUUGUUUUGAGAAGGGGCACAGAAUUAUUUGAACAAUUAAACAGUUAAAUUAUCAAGAUUUAAUGUUAACGAUUUUUGUUUUACGUUUUUAUCUCAUCACCUACAUUUUCAGCAAGUCAUCGACGUUCUAUACGAGACGAGUGGAGCAGCGUUGGAACGGUUUGACGCUGAAGUCAAGGAUUCCAUGAAGUCGGUAUUAGAGUCGGAUGAACCCGACUCGGAAGCACAACAAAGAAAGGUUAUUCUUGAGAUUAACAGUUCAAAGUUGGCUUAUAACAUUGGCAUGGAUGAUGUGGCUAAACACGUAUUUUUGGCUUUCAUGAGUAUGCCAACUUUUGGACCUACUUUAAAGGACAUGAAGGAGGUGGGUUUACUUUAUUUUUGAUUUUUUCUGCUAUGUCAUCAAUCAAAAUUUUAAGUUGGAUAUCAAAAAAUAUUGAUUUAGUUGAAAAAUUAUUAUUUUUUGUCAUUUUUAACAUUAAUGACACAUUUUCAGGCAUUUACUACCUGGAGCUUGGUAUGGGCCAACUACUAUCGUCCCACAGCCUCAAAAGCUCAACUUCUUCACGCCAUUGAAGAUCACUGCUUUUUGAACCCAGAAUGGACCAAGUAUGCUCCAAACUUUAUCUUAUUUUUGUAUAAUGAUGCCGACUUGUUGACUGAUCAACUAGUUACUUCAUGGUUCGAACAACUACCAAACGACAAUGCCUUGAAGUCGGACAAGAUGAAGGAACUUGUCGACUGGUUGAAUCAGGACGAAAGCGAAGAAGAAGACAGUGAUGAAGAUGAGGAUUAG